UUCCUCAAAUUAGAUGCCACAGAUGAACGUCUAAAUUAUAAAACCACAACAUGAAGAGUUUACUUGGUUGUGCUUUGGUAAUGGAGAGGCACAAGCCUUAUAUUGCCAUGCUCUUCAUACAAUUUGUGUAUGCAGGUAUGGCCUUGUUCUCUAAGGCAGCAAUGGCCAAAGGAAUGAACCCUUAUGUGUUUGUGGUUUAUCGUCAAGCUUUCGCUUCCCUCGCCUUAGCUCCAUUUGCUUUCUUCUUUGAAAGUUCGAAAGACGCUCCUCUUUCCUACACCUUACUCUGCAAGAUUUUCUUCAUUUCCUUAUCUGGGAUUACCCUGAGUUUAAAUCUGUACUAUGUUGCAAUAAACUACACCUCUGCAACGUUUGCAGCAGCCACCACCACAACAAUUCCAGCAAUUACCUUUGUCAUGGCGGUUUUGUUAAGAAUGGAAAGCAUUUCUAUGAAACAUUUGUAUGGUGUAGCCAAGGUGUUGGGUUCUCUCACAAGCCUUUCAGGGGCAUUGGUGUUUGCUUUAGUUAAGGGGCCUUCCAUAAAGUUCAUGAAUUGGUAUCCAUCACAUCAUCAGACACAAAUUUCAGACUCAUCAUCUUCCUCCAGAGGGGACUGGAUAAAAGGAUCCUUGUUCAUGAUUUCAGCCAAUACUGCCUGGUCUUUGUGGCUAAUUUUGCAGGGUCCCAUUGUCAAGCAAUAUCCGGCAAAGUUGAGGCUUACCAAUCUGCAAUGCUUCUUUAGCUGCAUCCAAUCAUCAUUUUUGGCCAUUGCAAUUGAGAGAAACCCAUCAGCUUGGAAGAUUGGAUGGGACAUUCAUCUUCUCUCUGUUUUCUAUUGUGGUGUAAUUGUGACUGGAAUUACCUACUGGCUGCAAGUUUGGGCCAUAGAGAAGAAAGGCCCAGUUUUCACAGCGAUGUUCACUCCUUUAGCACUGAUUAUAACAGCGAUCUUCUCAGCAAUCAUGUGGAAAGAAGCCCUUCACUGGGGAAGUAUUGGUGGAGGCGUAUUGCUUGUUGUGGGUCUGUAUAGCGUUUUGUGGGGAAAGGACAAAGAAGACAGGAAAAGCGAAGAAAGUGAACAGAAACAAGAAAGCAAGGAGGAAGUGAUAUAAGAGUGCAUUAUUAGUUGAUGGGGAUGGGAUUGUAGCAAAAAUUCGAUUGGAUGAAUAAAAGGCAUUCCCACGAUGAAUGUUUGUCAUGAACACACAUUAGAUUAAAGCAGUGAUCAUCUCUUUUUGUAACUAUCAAUCGAGGGCUAAAGUUUCCCUUUAUUUUCUUUUUCUUGUCUAAAUUUGUGUUGCAAAAGUUAAAUGUUUAUAGGCUUUGUUUGUGCUAGAUUCCCUGUUUACAUAUGAGAUGCGUACUUAUGAAUUUUUGGAACAGAUUUGAAGUUG